AUGGCUCCUGGCAGACCCAAGUACGAGUUUGGCGGGCCGCCUGGUGCUACGGCCAUCGUCUUUGGCUUGCCCAUCCUUCUGCACUUCUUCUCAUUCGCCUGCAAUGACCAGUCCGGAUGCCCGGUGCCGUCGCUGCUGCACCCCUCAACACUGACGUGGGAGCAGCUCAAGGCCGAGAUCGGCUGGCCAGCCGGUGGCAUCCGUGACUUCUUUAGCCCUCACGUCUUUGGCACGACCAUUCUCUACUACCUCUUCAGCUUGGUUCUGUGGCGGUUCCUGCCAGCUCAGGAGGUCUGUGGUACCAAGCUCAAGAAGCAUGGCCGCCCGCUCAACUACCGCUUCAAUGCAUUCUCCAGCACACUCGUCCACCUGGCCGUCUGCGCUGUAGGCACGUAUCUGCAGGGUGCCGACUUUGUUGUCUGGACCUACAUCGCAGACAACUACAGGCAGCUGCUGACGGCCAACAUUGUCUUUGGCUAUCUCUUGUCCAUAUAUUGCUAUGUCACCUCAUUCAGCGUCGACACAAACUACCCCAACAAGGACAUGCGUGAGCUCGCCGAUGGCGGCCACACCGGCAGCUUCAUUUACGAUUUCUACAUCGGCCGCGAGCUGAACCCGCGUAUCACGCUGCCCAUCUUUGGUGAGAUCGAUAUCAAGACCUGGUUCGAGAUGAGGCCUGGUCUGACGGGCUGGCUGCUGCUUGAUUUGGCCUUCAUUGCCAAGCAAUACCGCAACUACGGCUUUGUCUCGGACAGCAUUAUUCUCACCGCCUGCAUGCAGGGCUACUACGUCCUCGAGGGUCAGUACAUGGAGGCCGGCGUCCUGACCAUGAUGGACAUCACUACGGAUGGCUUGGGCUUUAUGCUGUCCUUUGGCGACAUCGUCUGGGUGCCCUUCCUUUAUUCGACCCAGUGCCGCUACCUGUCCACCUACCCGCUGCAUCUCGGCGUUCCCGGCUUCGCGGCCAUUAUUUCCGUGUUUUCCCUGGGCCUGUUCAUUUUCCGCUCCGCCAACUCGCAGAAGAACCGCUUCCGCACGCAGCCCGACCACCCGUCCGUCAGGAAUAUGACCUACAUCCAGACCAAGCGCGGCACUCGCCUGCUCACCCAGGGCUGGUGGGGCAUGUCCCGCCACAUCAAUUACUUUGGCGACUGGCUGCAGGCCUCGCCCUUCAGCCUGCCGACGGGCCUCGCCGGCUACACCAUCCUGCCCGCCUCCGCCGCCGCCGUGGCCGGCGAGGGCUUCAGGAUGCUCGACGGCCGCCAGGUCAUCCAGGGCGAGGCGAGAGGCUUCGGCGUCUUCUUCACCUACUUUUACGUCCUAUACUUUGCCAUCCUGCUCAUCCACCGCGAGGGCAGAGACGAUGCCAUGUGCGCCAAGAAGUACGGCGAGGACUGGGACAAGUACAAGAAGACAGUGCGCUGGAAGAUCUUGCCGUACGUCUACUAG